CUGUCAGUCACAGCACACUGGCAGAGAAAUGUGUCCCCGAGAAGAGCGGCUCCCGAGCUUCAAGACUUGAGACAACAAUUUCUCCGCGACUAAUUUCAUUUGAAAUCACAGACCAUCGCUCAGCCUGGUCCUUGUUGAACUAUUUUCCUCUCCAUUCCCCCUCUCUCUCUCUCUCUCUCGCUCUCUCUCUCUUUUUCUUUCUUUUUUUUUUUUUCUUUUUUCAUUUUUGCGCUGGAUCUUCCUUGCCAGAAAAUGUGCGUGGAGAGCGAUGGAUGCGAGAUUGAGGGCUGCAGCAGUUCGGAUGAGGUGCGCACGCUGUCGGGCAGCAUGAGCCCCGGACUGAAAUCCAACCCGGACCUUGACCCCUGCAAACCCGGGCAGAAAUUCCGCGCAGCGCUGCUCCGAUGCCGCUCACCGGCUGCUGCCGCCGGGAUCCUCAGUUUUGGGAACGUCCUAAAUUACAUGGAUAGAUACACCGUAGCCGGUGUUCUGCUUGACAUCCAGCGGCAUUACAAUGUAUCAGACAGUGGAAUUGGCUUGUUGCAAACAGUCUUCAUCUGCAGCUUCAUGGUGGCAGCUCCCAUCUUUGGUUACCUGGGCGACCGCUUCAACAGAAAGGUCAUCCUGAGCUGUGGGAUUUUCUUCUGGUCUGUUGUUACUCUGUCGAGCUCCUUCAUCCGUAAAGAGUACUACUGGCUGUUUGUGCUCUCCAGGGGGCUGGUGGGCAUCGGCGAGUCCAGCUACUCCUCCAUCUCUCCCACCAUCAUAGGAGACCUGUUCACUAAUAACAGCCGCACCAUGAUGCUGUCUGUCUUCUACCUGGCCAUCCCCCUGGGAAGUGGGUUGGGCUACAUCCUGGGAUCCAGCGCCAAGGAGGCUGCAGGAGACUGGCACUGGGCACUGAGGGUGUCCCCAGUUUUAGGGAUCACUGCAGGAACUCUGAUCCUGCUCUUCGUCCCUGAACCAAAGAGAGGAAGUGCUGACCAGAUGGGAGGACGCAUCAAGACCCGCACCUCCUGGUUCUGUGAUAUGAAGGCACUCGCCAAGAAUCGGAGCUACGUGUUCUCUUCCCUGGCAUCAGCAGCGGUGUCCUUUGCCACAGGUGCUUUCGGUAUGUGGAUCCCUCUGUACCUGGCUAGAGCCCAGGUGGUGCAAAAGACAGCAGAGCCCUGUACAAAAGAGAUCUGCAGUAGCACAGACAGUAUAAUCUUCGGGGCGAUCACCUGUGUGACAGGGCUGUUAGGUGUGGUAAUCGGCGCAGCUACCACACGCCUGUUUCGCCAGAAGACAGAGCGAGCCGACCCGCUCGUAUGCGCUGUCAGCAUGCUGGGCUCGGCCAUCUUCAUCUGCCUCAUCUUUGUGGUGGCAAAGAAGAGCAUCAUAGGAGCUUAUGUUUGCAUCUUUAUAGGAGAGACGCUGCUUUUCCUGAACUGGGCAAUAACAGCAGACAUUUUAAUGUUCGUCGUUAUUCCCACACGGAGGGCGACAGCAGUCGCCUUUCAGAGCUUCACGUCACAUCUCCUUGGGGAUGCGGGAAGUCCGUACCUGAUUGGCCUGAUCUCCGACGCCCUCCAGGAAAGCUACGCAACAUCAGCGCUGUGGCGGUUCCUCAGUUUGGGCUAUGCCCUCAUGCUUUGUCCCUUUAUCAUCGUCCUGGGGGGCAUGUUUUUCCUGGCCACUGCAUUGUUUUUCCUGGAUGACAGAGAAAAGGCUGAGAAACAGUUGAGCCAGCUUACACGCCCACCCUCCUCAGUCAAGGUAUGACCAGGUGACAACCAAAUGAGGAGCCAUCUGAAGGAGCAACCAAACCCAAUGAGGAUAACAAAAUGGAGAUAAAAAGUGAGGGCAGCUGAUCCACCUCUUUAAAACUACACCCAUGCCAUCUUUCCUAUUAUCACCACAAUCAUCAUCCUCUUCCUCCUGGCUCCUGCUGCUCUUCCUUUUUACACACUCGUGGAGGCUGCUCAGAACUGGAACAAGGGAGCGUCUUGCCCCUUCUAGAACUGCCUCUAAAUCACAGGCUGGUGACAACGCGCAGAGCGCUGUGCUGAAGCCAUCCAAUCGACAGCUGGUGUCCUCCUCACCUCUGUCUGUGAGGAUCCACUGAACCUUCCAGGGAGGAGGUGGGGCAGCAAAAUCCGACUCCU